AUGUCAGUAAUAUCUAAUGCUCUCAAGAAACUUGAUCGAGUAGCAUUGGCACAGGACAAAUUCAACAUCUUUACUAGUUUGAAUCGGGAUGCUAGGCGUCAGCUGUCUGAAAACAACGAUGAUGACUACCCGAGUAAACCAUUACAGAAUGUGCUUUACGCUCUCAAAGAUAACAUUACGACCACGAAGUUACCGACAACUUGCGGCUCUAAGAUUUUAGAGGGUUAUGUUUCACCUUUCAACUCAACGGUUGCGGAGCUUCUUGAGAGUUCCGGGGCCGUGUCUGUCGGAAAAACAAAUUUAGACGAAUUUGGGAUGGGUACUGCUGGCCUGCACUCGUAUUUUGGUCCUACUUUUAAUCCAUUGUAUGAAGGCCAGAAGGUUGUUGUCGGCGGUUCUUCGUCAGGGUCUGCUGCCGCAGUGGCUGCUGAGGUUGUCGAUUUCGCCCUUGGUACAGAUACCGGUGGAUCAAUACGACUUCCGGCAGCUUGGACUUCAACUCUCGGGUUCAAACCAUCUUACGGACGCAUUUCCCGCUUUGGUGUCGUUGCUUAUGCGCAAAGCUUGGACACAGUUGGAAUCAUUUCGAAAGAUAUAAAGAUAUUGAAAAGCGUAUUUCAAACUCUGGAUCACUACGAUUCCAAGGAUCCAACAUCUCUCAGCAAUGAAUUCAGACGAAAAGCUAAGAGUUUGACCAGGAAAAAUUCAAAGUUAAAGAUCGGUUUGCCAAUCGAACUAAAUCAAAAAGAUAUGCCUGAGGUGGUCAAAACAGCAUUUUACCAGGCUGUGGACAAGCUUAUGAAGCAAGGACAUGAGUUUUACAAAGUCUCCAUUCCGAGCGUAAUAAACGCACUGCCCAUAUAUUACACACUAGCGCCAAUUGAAGCAGUAUCGAAUUUGUCUCGCUAUGAUGGCAUUAGAUAUGGGUUUAGGGCACCUACUGCAGAUUUCCAGGACUCGAUUCCAUUUGCUGUUACAAGAGCCGCAUUUGGUCCAGAAGUACAGAAACGAUUGGUACUUGGGAAUUAUAACUUAUCUUCAGAGCGCUAUAAAAAUAGCUACAUCACAGCACAAAAUUGUCGUGCGUCGAUGGUCAAAGAUUUUGACAAGGUGUUUUCGUUUCCAAACUUGCUGAGCCACAAAAUUCGAAAUGAGGGAGGUUUGGACCUGCUACUCUCACCUACUGCUGUCAAUCUCCCUUCAAGCGUGGCAAAAUAUGUCAAGGAAGAAAAUACAAACCUUGUAAACUCGUACGUUAACGAUGUUUUCACUAUUCCGAUGUCUUUGUGUGGGUUGCCUUCUAUUAGCGUGCCUAUGAGAGGAUGCAAAAGCGCUGGAAUUCAGUUGACCGGCCAACAUGGAGAUGAUGCCACCGUUCUCUCAGCAACACAACACCUCAUGUAA